UGCUUCACAUGGACCGAUGCCACAUUCUGGUGAGUAACUCAUUGACCUACGAGGACCAAUCCGACUGGAGUUUGAACUCAAAAAAUAUAAGGAACCAUUAGAUGAACUGUCAGUCUUCAGGCAAGUAGCGUUACUCUUCCCACUGUUGAACAUGGGAGCAGGAGGAAUAUUUGUAUUAUUCAGCGUAUGUCUGAUUUCCUUCUUGACACCUUGCGAUGGAGGAAACAUUCUGGUUUUUCCUGUGGACGGAAGCCACUGGAUCAACAUGAAGAUAUUAAUUGAAGAACUUCAUGCCAGGGGACACAGCAUCUCAGUAAUGAGGGCAUCCACCAGCUGGUACAUCGCAGAAGAAUCCCCUCUCUAUACAUCGAUUACCAUGGAAAUUAAUGAAGGGAUAGAGGACUUUUUUGAUGCGUACGUAAAGGAGAAUAUGAAGGCGCAGAGAGAAGGGGCUUCAGCGCUUACUUUCUUCAAGAUCACCAAGAACUUCCUCUCCAUGAUUUCUAAGGCUCAUUCAUUGUGGGUUGAUGCCCUUGCUCAAAUCUUCGAUGAUGAACAAUUGGUAAAAAGCUUGGUAGACGCGCGAUACGAUCUUGUUCUCACCGACCCGGCUAUAGCACCAGGUAUCUUACUAGCCAAAUACCUCAAACUGCCCCUGGUGCUGAAUGUCCGCUGGAUCACCAGUGGAGAUGGCCACUUUGCAAUAGCCCCUUCACCGACAUCGUACAUCCCAGUGCCAGGAUCAGGCUUCACGGACAAAAUGAAUUUCAUCCAGAGGGUCAAGAACAUUCUCUUCUAUGGCAUCAUAGUGUUCCAGCAGAAAUUCAUGGUGGGGCCGACCUAUGACGCCAUCUGUGAUAAAUACAUAGAGGGUGGAUGUGACGUGAUCUCGCUUCUCCAGGAAGCAGACAUUUGGCUGUUCAGGUCGGAUUUUGUGUUUGAUUUCCCUCGGCCCACAAUGCCAAAUGUUAUCUACAUAGGCGGUUUCCAGUGCAAACCAGCUAAACCUCUGCCAGCGGACUUGGAGGAGUUUGUACAGAGUGCUGGCGAGCACGGGGUCAUCAUCAUGACUCUGGGAACCUUGGUGAACGCUUUGCCCAAAGACGUUGCAGAUGAAAUCGCCGCCGCCUUUGCCAAGAUGCCUCAAAAGGUGAUCUGGAAGCAUAAAGGCGAGCGUCCCUCUACUAUUGGCAACAACACUCUGAUAGUGGACUGGAUGCCGCAGAAGGACCUCCUGGGCCACCCGCAGACCAAAGUGUUUGUAGCUCACGGAGGAACCAACGGAGUACAGGAAGCCAUUUUCCACGGGGUGCCCGUGCUCGGUAUCCCGCUGUUCUUUGACCAGUAUGACAAUCUUCUACGUCUGCAGGAGCGGGGGGCCGGAAAGAUCCUUCAGCUGGCGGAUGUUAACGGCCACAGCUUUGAGGAAGGUGUUCACGACAUUCUCCAUCGUGACAGCUACAGACAGAACAUGCAAAGAUUGUCUCGUUUGCACAGAGAUCAGCCGAUGGGACCCAUGGAUCAGGCCAUCUUCUGGGUGGAAUACGUGAUGCGCCAUAAAGGGGCUCCUCUUCUGCGAACAUCUGCCUAUAAGAUGCCCUGGUACUCUUAUUAUAGUUUAGAUGUACUGCUACUAUUGGUGACUGCGGUGACAGUACUGCUGCUCUCUAUUUUGGCUAUUUUCAGGUUUCUGUGCUGCAAAGCUAGAAGGACGAACAAAACUAAGCUACACUGAUUGCGGUGAAAUUAGUUUAUAACUGUGUCUUCUCCAAAGUGUGGUGGUUAAUACAAACCAUAAAUCUCAAAGUGUGUAAUUUGUAUAUAUUUAUUAUUUAUGGAGUAGAACGCUAAUUUGACGAUUGAUUUAUCCAUAUUAAAUAAAGACAGCUAAAGAGAUUUGUUCCCCUCUACUAUUUCAGAAUGAACUGGCAAAUGUAGUCAGACAUUAACAUUUCAGUUGUGAAAGCCACAAAUGAUUUGUAAACUCGGGUGAGUCAUUUUUCAAAGGGUAUACCUCUGAAUUUGCAAAUGGAAAAACCAAAUGGAGUAAUGUGGGUCUUUUGAGCAGAAGUGACAUUGAUGAAGUUACACUUGUCUGGCACGUCAGUGUUGGAGUUCCCCCGAUUUGGUACUGCGACUUAAAAUGAAAAGGAAGGAAAU